UUUCACAUCUGCAAAGGGAUUUCUAUUUCAAAAUAUCGUACUUCAUUAAAAGAUGCCGUUCGCGGUAGCUGACUAUUUAGUUUUCUUUUGUACGAUUGGAAUUUCGUUUGCAAUCGGUGUUUUCUUUGGAGUAUGGGAGAGGAAAAGAAAUACACCUGUGGACUAUUUUCUUGCUGGCAGGAACUCUAGAACAUGGCCUGUAGCAUUGUCAUUUGUCGUGACAUUUCAGUCGUCCUUAAUGAUUCUUGGAUUUCCCGCAGAAGGAUAUGCAUAUGGCAUUGGAGUUGCGUAUUAUGUUGUUGGAGUAAGUGUCGCUUACAUGUUUGCUGCUUUGUUCAUUGUUCCUGUCUUCCAUCCUCUGAAACUAACAAGCGUGAAUGAAUAUUUCCGCUUACGAUAUGGAAACAAUGUUGUUCGGUAUAUGACUCUGAUUGCUGGAAUGAUAUAUAGUUUAUUCUACAUGGCAACAGUGAUGGUUGGUACAUGCGUUGCUCUCGAUAUUGUUCUUGGAAUUCCUUUCUGGGGGACAAUACUUGCUUAUACUUUUGUCACUACAAUAUAUACUUCAGUUGGAGGCAUUAAGGCGGUGAUUUGGACAGAUGUAUUUCAGCUUCUAGUGAUGGUUACUGGAAUGAUAGCUGUUCUUGUUAAAUCAACAACCGGAGCUGGAGGAGUAGAAAAAGUUUUUGAAUAUGCUAAAGACAGAAUUGGUUCGACUGACUUCAGACUUAAUCCAACAAUACGUUACACAGUUUGGAAUACCUCCUCUGGAUCGUUCAGUACGUAUUUGUAUAUAACACUUAUGCAACCAGCAAUGCAAAGAGUUUACUCAACACCAACUGUUAAGACUGCGCGUAAUCUGUACUUUAUAUCCGCGCCGUUUUAUAGUGUUUUUAUGUUGAUGGCAGCAUUUGAAGGUGCGACUAUAUUUGCCUAUUAUAUGGCAAAACGCUGUGACAUUUUAGGCGCGGGCAUUGUAGAUAACAUCAAUGGAAUUCUGCCGUUCGCUGUCCUGGACUUAUUUCAACAGUUACCCGGAUUAGCUGGACUGUUCACGGCUUCUUUAUCAAGCGCAGCCCUCAGUACAAUGUCAUCUUGCCUCAGCAGCCUCUCUGCUGUGACAUAUGAAGACAUUAUAAAAAUCAAGUUUCCGGACAUGCACCCUUAUAAAGCCACCAAACUUUCAAAACUGUUAGUUUUAAUGUAUGGCCUCAUUGCAAUGGGACUCGCGUUUGCAGUUUCACUUAUUCCGGGAUCAGUUGUCGCCAUAUUUGACAGUUUCAUGGGAUGUCUCGAUGGACCAAUAGCUGCAAUCUAUUUGUUAUCCAUGAUGUACCGUAAAGCAACCACCAAAGGAGUUAUCACAGGCGCAAUAUGCGGAUCAGCUAUUGCAUUUUGGUUAAACAUUGGGAGCCAUUUUUCAGAAGUUCCGACAUAUCCAUAUCUUCCAUCUGGACCAACCGAUCAGUGUGGUAUCUAUGGUAAAUCGGGCUUUUCUAACGUGUCUGCCCAUGCUUUUUAUCAUUUUACAGAUAAUCUUACAUCGCUUACCGUUAAUCAACAAAUGAUAAUAUCAACGAUUGCAACAGAUGAAAAUGCCCGAAACUUGUCGGUACUGGAGACAAUUUACAGUAUUUCUUUUGUAUUGUUCUCACUAAUAAGCAUGGUCACCUCAAUCGUUAUUGGAUUUCUUGUAAGUCUGUGUACAAGCCCACCUGAAAAGCUUGAUGGGCGAUGUCUGUUCUCAUUUAAGAAACACGUUAUUGAGGAAUUACGCGUACAAAAGUCCUCAUCUGCUUCUACUGCGGGAGCUGAUACUGACACAGAUGAAGUAACAAAUGUCAUGAUGAAAGAUGAGGCAUUUUGACAGAACAUUAAUGGAAUAUAUAAUCCUAAAGCUGUAAAAAUAAUUACACGUCAAAAGAAGUACGUGUAUUUUAUAGGCCUCGUCAACGUUUUAAAUUUUACGUGGAGCAGCGAAUAAAAUUAUUUUCACCAUCACAACCGAUUCACGGUACCUUAAAGCCAAUUCACUACGUUCAAUAGUGGAAUUAAAAGUUAUACCGUUGCAUAAUAAUGUUAAUAGAAGGCAUGAUAUAUAACACAAAAUGCUCGUGUGUUGAGAUAAAAAGCAAUUCCCAUUACACAUAACUUGUAUUUUGUAAGGGUGACAUUAGGUGUAUUUAAGACCAAUUUUUCCGAAGUAUAUAAAAUGAUUACUGACGCGCAUUCUACUUUCGUUUUAACAGAUAUCAUGCAAUGUCGUUUCUUUCGAAAAGUAGCGAUGUCGGUUCAGUGUGUAAUUAUAUUUUCUGGUCCUUUUGGAAUCAUGUAAGUCAUGAAUGUAUUAGUAUAAUAGAAUUCCGCUUAAGUCGGUGCUAGAGGGCGUGAAGGGCUUUUUUCAUGGACCGAUUAAUCUAUUAUUUUGGAUCUUUUUAUAGAUUUGGUUCAGCAUCUCAAUGAAUGAGCUGGUUUUAAGGAAAAUAUAUUUUGUGUAAUAGUUUAAUUUCACUUUUUGUUUGUAAUGAAUUCUGUAUAAUUUUAUAUAUAGGAAUCAUGACAUGUUUACCUACUAAUGAUCAUUCUGCGUGCCUUUCUCUGAGAAUAACAUUUUAGUCUUCCGAUGGACAAAUUUCCUAAAAUACCGCUAAUUUUGAGAUAGAACUUCAAUAUCACUUUUGGUACUCAGGUUACAUACGUAUGUCCGAUACGCGCAAAAUGAAUAAGUUAGUCUAGAACCGAGGCAAUUAACGUUGAAGUACUUAUGUCGAAGAAUAGAA